AUGGGCCCAAAGCGAGUUCUCAUCACGUAUGGCGUCGAUGUUGACGCCGUAGCCGGAUGGCUUGGUUCCUAUGGAGGCGAGGACUCGACAAACGACAUUAGCCGAGGUGUCUGGGCGGGCACAGUUGGCACUCGGCGAUUGUUGAAGCUCUUCGACAAGUACGACAUCAAGACAACAUGGUUUAUCCCCGGCCAUUCGCUGGAGACCUUCCCCGAGGAUAUGGCUGCAGUACGCGAUGCAGGACAUGAGAUCGGCCUUCAUGGCUACUCACACGAGAACCCAACAGAUAUGACCAUUGAACAGCAGCGGGACGUCCUCGAUAAGACGUAUCGCAUGUUGACCGAGUUCGCGGGCAAACCACCCCGAGGCAGCGUUGCCCCUUGGUGGGAGACUAGCCAAGAAGGCGCCCAACUCCUCCUAGACUAUGGUAUUGAAUACGAUCACAGCAUGAGCCAUGAGGAUUGUCAGGCGUACUAUCUCCGGACCGGUGAUUCUUGGACGAAGAUCGACUAUAGUCAGAAAGCUGAGACCUGGAUGAAGCCACUUGAACACGGCACGCAGACUGGCCUGGUAGAAAUUCCUUCGAACUGGUACAUCGAUGACUUGCCACCAAUGAUGUUCAUCAAAAAGGCACCCAACAGCCAUGGCUUCGUCAAUCCACGUGAUGUUGAGGAUAUUUGGCGCGACCACUUCGAUUACUUCUACCGCGAGUACGAUGAGUUUAUCUUUCCGAUUACCAUACAUCCGGAUGUGUCAGGACGGCCACACGUUCUUUUGAUGCAUGAGCGACUCAUUGAACAUUUCAAGAAGCACAAGGGAGUUGAGUUUGUAACCAUGGAGCAAGUGUGUGACGAGUUCAAAAAGAAGAACCCAGUCCCACCAGGCGCCCUGAUGCCUGCUCCAGUUGGGGAAAUGCUCAAGAAAUGA